CUCCCCCGCCCCGAACCUGGGUGGGCUCCGGAGGAGGAGGGCGGUGCGGCUUGGGAUGAGCGCUGGGAACCAGGCAGCUUCCUUAGCAUAAUCUAUGUACACCCUCAGCGGACCCCGGAAUGAGCUCUGGGACUCAAGGAUGUGCCAUGCGCCCCCGCAGUGGGACCCUGGGGUGCACCCUGUACAAGAUUCCAGAAUGAGCCUCGUACCCCCGGGAUUGGGAUCCCUGUGUUCCGGGAUGCGUCCUGAGGAUGUGCCUGUAUCUCCAGGAUAUACCUCUGGGAUGAGCCCCGUUCCCCGGGCCGCACUCUGUGCCCCGAGAGUGAACUCUGGGAUGUGCUCAGUGCCUGUGAGAUGUCCCCACGUGAAGAACGCAGGGUUCCUCAGGAUGUCCCAGGCACCCUGCUGAACACCCUGUGCAUCACUGUGCUCCCACCCCGCCCCUGAGCUCCACGCCCCGGGCUGUGCUGUGCAACCCUGAGUGAGAUUCCCAGUGCUGUGACCCCUCAACUGCUCUCUGCCCUCGCAGCUGGUGUGACCAAGGCCUUUCCCCACUGGAGGAGGGUGCAUGUAGAUGCCACACACCAGCGUGACGGCCACCCCUCAAUGUCACCACUUUGGCCACCGAAGGUCAGGGUUGCACAGGGCAGGGGGGUUAAUCAUUGCCCAGAGCAGCUGGGCCAAGGCGGGUAUGAAAGUCUGUGCCCUUCCCAGGACUGUUUUCCUUUUAUCAGCUGUAUCCCCCAAGCCCUGAACCACAAAGUGAACACCUAUCAGGGCAGGGCAUGGCGAUGGCCUGAGAGAUCGGUGGGCUCUGGAGCACUGACUGAGGCAGCUGAGUUGAUAGCAGGAUAGUCGCCUCACUUCUGCUACACUUUGAGCCUUCUUGAGUGGAUUUCUUGGUGAUGACAAUGUGUGAUGGAGGAUGUGGGCUGGAGUUGAGCUCCUGCUGUGGCACAAGCUCUUGUUUUGCCCUUGAGCCCAUCAUCAUUGCCCAGCAAGUACACAAAUCCCACCAGCCAGGGUGAAGGAGGCUGGAAUUCCCUGACAGGGCAAAGAACACUGUUGCUUCACCUUCACUUCAGCUAAAGGAACUGCCAAAAGGCAGGUUGGCAUGGCCAGUGUAGGAUGGUCACCUGGAGGCGUCCCCAUGGUGGCACCAUCUGGAAGCAAGGGCAUAGCUGUUUCCCUGCUCUGGGAAGGCUGCCCCAAUGCCACGGGCUGGAGUGUGAUAGGCACAGCCACAUCAGCUGAUGGAGACUCACUAUAAAUCACCUGCCAGCCCACAGGCAAGGGCACAAGUGAGCCCACCAUGGCCAAAGUGCUGCUCUCCUGCCUGCUGCUGGCUCUGCUGCUCCUGGCCCCAGCCCUGCCUGCCCCACAUGAGCGAGGGCUCAUCUUCAACUUGGACAUCGGGGAGUUGUGCCUGCAGAGUGCCCAGUGCAAGAGCAGCUGCUGCCACCGGAGUAAUGGCCUGAGCCUGGCCCGCUGCGCACCGAGAGCGGCUGAGACCCAGGAGUGCUCCCCAAAGAGCCUCUAUGGGGUCUAUUACAAAUGUCCCUGCGAAAGUGGCUUGAGCUGCGAUGCUGAUAAGACCAUCAUUGGCUCCAUCACCAACAGCGACUUCGGCAUCUGCAAGGACCCCCAGGAAGGGUUGCAAUGAAGGAAGAGACGCCCUCAGUGACCCUGAGCUGCCCCUGUACCCUGCUUUUCCCUCUCCCCAGGAAUGCCUGGACUUGCAUGUGCUGCUCUGGUUGCUGUGGCAGGGUUCGAGUAAAGAGCAUAUUCUGCUGAGCUGCA